AUGUUGGUGGAGAACAGCCAUCGGUUUGCGUCUCUUCCUGGAAAACGUCCCAAGUUUCGUCCCCGCAGCUCCAGCCUGUGGGAGUUCGCGGGGAGCUGGAGGGACAGUGGAAGGGGGCAGCGGGGGCACCUGGCUCCUUCAGGGCCAAAGGAUUUUCCCCCAAGUUAUCGGCUCUCUCUGUACCAGCUAGCCCCAGAGGGGCUGCCGGCUCGCUCGCUGAGCCUGCAGAGUCCUCCCGGCUCCAGCUUUGUGCUGGCUCAUCCCCUGGGGCCGGGCCGCGGCUGCCCACACCUGCAUAAGCCAGUGGCUGGGGUGGUGGAGCCGGGACCCAGCCCGGCCCGCCAGCGCUGGGGGGACCCCUGUACCCUGAGUUCUUUCCGCCAGCUCUGGUGGGGACACAGCGCCUCCCGUCCCCGCGUGGGGGCAGGAGCUCUCUUCCCUGGCCUUGCAGGGUCUCACCCACCCGUGGGCGGGCCACUGCCGGCCGAGGCCUCGGGGGUCCCCUGUGGUCCACUUUCUCUGCAGCGGGCCCCCCCACCCCCGUGCCCCGUCCUGCACAUCCCGGCCACCCAGCCCUCUUCCGGAGAGGAGUGUGAGCAUCCACGGCCCCUCCUGCUCUGCUUCCCGGGAGCCGCCUCGGCUCUCCUGGAGGCAGGAUCCGGACUUUCCAGCCUAGGACCACGGCGGCCAGUAGCACCUGGCAAGUGUGUGAGUGCAGAGUUUGGAGAGGCACAGGUGACGGAUAUAAACUGGCCUGAGGCGGAGCAGACGCUCCUGUCUUCAUGCAAAGCCCCUCCCUUGUCCCGUGGGUACCGGCCGUGCUCCCAGCUGUGCUCCAGGCACCUGAACGCCCAGAAACUUUCUACCCCUCAUCCUCCUCUUAGCAAGCACGGGCUCUUGGAGCAUGGAGGUCCCAGGGGCAUGGAGGCCCUGACCGGAAGACCCUCAGCUGGAGGAGGCGGGCCGGUCACUGCAGGGGCUGCAUCUGAGACUGCCCAGGGGUCACACCGAGGUCUGGCCCCGGCUCCAGACUCCUCGGAAGAUUGGCUCUCUCUGCUGACGCCGCAUCUUCUCCUGCGUCUGGCGCUGUGGCUCAGCAGACCGGGGCCCAGGACAUCGGCCGUCUGCCGGGGCGGCCCUUCGAUGGCAGAGGCUGCUUUCGUGGCCUCUGGGGCCCUCUGGUCGGUCCAGGCUCUCUGCCUCCCCACGUGCCUCCUGCCCCCAGGCUGGCCUGGCCCUGCACGGCCGUUCUGCGGGUUUGGUGCUCACAGGAAUCAGACGCUCCGAGCUCUGGUGCAUGGAAAGCAUGUUCCCGGGGAGAGAGUGAAAUUAACUUGUCUUCAUGGGCUGGCUCAGGCUCUGCGCUUAUUAGCACUGGCUCCUUCCGUCUCUGCGGCCCUUCUGGUCCUCACUCACUCGAGUCUCCGAGUACAAGUGGCCAGGUCGGAGCACCCACUGCUGCCCCGGGAGCCGACGGUGCAGACAGGGCCGGUGCCCAUCACACCCACGCUUCCUCUAAAACACUGCAGCCUGCAGGCCACAGGACCGGCUAGCAACUCACCGGGAACAGGGUCCCAAGCCUGCGCGUGCACACUGGCCGUGGAGAUGGUGACCUUGACUCUGACCUACACCCUGAAGAUGUGGCCUCGGGAAGGGGCGCACAUCGGCUCCAAGCGAGGCCACAGGGGCACUGAGGAGCCUAGUCUGCCAGGGGCUGGGGGGAAGAGGCGCCAAGGCAACACCUGGGUCAUUCGUCCAUUCAUGAUCCGGCUCUUUGCGAGCCCUCCAGUGGGCCGGCCCUCUGUGCCAGCUUCCCAGGAUGAGAGAGCCUGGCCUGCAUCUCUUCUCCCAGACGUAUUCAUCACCGUGGCGAGGAGCCCCCCAGGCUCCCGGUCUGGGGCAGAGUGCAGAAGUGGCCAGUGCAUCCCCGUGAUGGUAACCCAGGAAAGAGCCGAAAAAGAGACGCUGAGAGCUCUGCUCCUGAGCAGGAUGGGUAAUGAGGGCCAUGCGGGACUGCAGCGCUUACUGUAUGUGGAACGCGUGACACAGCAGCUUGGAAGACACUUGCCGUUAGAGUACCCACAAAGGACAGUGAUGCGUGAGAAGCAGAAAGCAGACAGGUGGGCCGCAGCCCCUCCAGCCCACCGCCCAGAGGCGCCUCCCGGCAGGGGCGAGGGAGGAGGAGCCCUGGGGGCCUCCUGUGCCGGGGAGGCCGAGCUGGACUCGGGGGCGGGGGGCCCAGGCGGCCAGAGUCCACGGCGCAGGAUGCUGGAGAGGAGACGGCUGUGCACCUAG